UCUUUGAUCUUCUGGUAGAAUGUACGCAUGCGCCCCUCAUUGGGUUCUCGGAGCUGUCUGGAGUAAGUUGGAUGUGCGCUCUCCUCAUUCGCAUCCCGAAAGCACAUCAAAACUGUUGCGAUGGGGAGGCUCAGGAAAAGCCACUUUGGAAUUUUGACCUUUUCGUUUUUGCUUUUGACUUUUAUUUGCUGUGUCCAAAGCGCCAAAGAUCUGAGGGAUCCCAGUAAUAUGCCACUGGUUAAAGACACGGUGGAUAGAUUGAUGAAAGGCUACGACAUUCGGUUGAGGCCAGAUUUCGGAGGUGCGCCGGUGGCAGUCGGGAUGAAUAUAGACAUAGCCAGUAUAGACAUGGUGUCUGAAGUCAAUAUGGACUAUACACUGACCAUGUACUUCCAACAAGCCUGGCGGGACAAGCGCCUGUCCUACUCUGAGAUUGCCCUCAAUCUGACGUUAGACAACAGGGUGGCUGACCAGCUCUGGGUCCCCGACACAUACUUUCUCAACGAUAAGAAGUCCUUCGUCCACGGCGUCACGGUCAAGAACCGAAUGAUCCGACUGCAUCCGGACGGUACCGUGCUCUAUGGACUCCGGAUCACUACCACAGCAGCUUGUAUGAUGGACCUGAGACGGUACCCUCUAGAUGAACAGAACUGCACCCUGGAGAUCGAGAGCUAUGGUUACACCACUGAUGACAUAGAGUUCUACUGGCGAGGUGGAGACGGAGCUGUCUCUGGCGUGGAGCGGAUCGAGCUUCCUCAGUUCUCCAUCGUGGACUACAAGCUGGUCUCCAAGAAUGUUGUCUUCUCCACAGGCUCCUACCCUCGUCUGUCGCUGAGUUUCAAGCUGAAGAGGAACAUCGGCUACUUCAUCCUGCAGACCUACAUGCCCUCCAUCCUGAUCACCAUCCUCUCCUGGGUCUCCUUCUGGAUUAACUAUGAUGCCUCUGCUGCCAGAGUGGCCCUGGGUAUCACCACUGUGCUCACCAUGACCACCAUCAACACCCAUCUGAGAGAGACGCUUCCCAAGAUCCCCUACGUCAAGGCCAUCGACAUGUACCUGAUGGGCUGCUUCGUCUUCGUCUUCCUGGCCCUGCUGGAGUACGCCUUCGUCAACUACAUCUUCUUUGGACGGGGUCCUCAAAGGCAGAAGAGGGCGGCCGAGAAGCUGGCCACUGCUAACAACGAGAAACUCAGACCUGAUCCCAAUAAGUGGAUGGUGGGAAAUGUAGUUCAGAGAGAUGAUGCUCUGUAUGCCAGAAUGAAACAGAGGGAAAUUGACGCGUAUGACACGAUGUGGGAUCCCAUCUUUGUGGACGAUGCCGCAUUAGGACUAGGCGAGCAAAGAAAUAAGAUGACCACCUCCCUGACCGAUGACAACAUCCUGUUUGGUUCUCUGGAGAUGAAGAAUGAGAUGGGAGGUGUUCCCCCUGAGCUGUCCAGGUCCCUGGGCACCGGCGGGCUGGGUGACCCCCGCAACACCAUGCUGGCCUACGACUGCUCCACACUGCAGUACCGCAGGGCCGCUAUGGCCCGUCAGAACUACGGCGGUGGCCCACACAGCGCCCUGGAGCGCCACGCUACCCAGAAGAAGUCCCGCUUACGGAGGAGGGCCUCACAGCUCAAGGUCAACAUCCCUGACCUGGCUGACGUGAACUCUAUCGACAAGUGGUCCAGGAUGAUUUUCCCUACUGUCUUCUCCUUCUUUAAUGUGGUCUACUGGCUGUACUACGCCCACUAGGGGAAAGGAGGUCUACUACAGAGGGAGAUGUAGGAAUAUGAUGGAGAGAGAUUAUUAGAUAGAGAUGUAUGAGAAAUGACAGUGAGAGAGAGAGAGAGAGAGAGAGAGAGAAAGAGUGAGAGUGAGAGAGAGAGAGAGACAGCGCACCUAUUUUUUGCUGAUUCAUUUUAAAGAAUUGUGUGAAAUAAAGGAAAAAUACUUUUGGAUGGAAGGAGCACAGUACUCGAGCACUUCUUCAGUCAGCUUCUAUCUGCCCUGACUUUUCUGAUCCAGGAACACCUCCAAUGACUAACCAACACUUCAAAAGAGGAAUGGAUGAGAUUUUAAAAAAAGACAGAAAAAAACAGACAUGGUGCCUGUUCCUGAUGAAAUGUCAAUAUAUCACUAAUAUUUGUCAUUAGUAGCUUAACUCUCUGUGGAUCAAAUAUUUAUGCUUGUGUUUGCAUAUACUUUAAGGAUUUGUUUUGUUUAGUAUAUCUAUUUACUUCGUAGCCAAGCUAUCUGCAUCCAGGAAAGCUUUCUAGAGGAUUUUAAAGGGGUUCAUCCUUGAUAGACUAUUUUCCUAUAGUUACUGUAAUCAAAAACAUCCUUUAAAGCAUGCUUCUGUUCAUUUUAAUUUGCAUCUCGAUCUUGACGAUGGAGCACAAAGCAUUUUAGUUUUGAACUAGUUGAGAUUUUUUUUUUUCUGUGAAGAAAAAAGUAUGAGAGACGCCAUUUCUGUAACAUUCUUUAUACACCCAUAGUUUAGGUUGAGGUUGAAGAAUAACAAUGGGCUACUGUAGGAGUACUGCAGAUGGUCAAUAGGGGGCACUAUUCUCUAUGGACAUUCCAAUGGGUCUUCAGUGUUGCCGUUUCUGUCCUGCCAUUUUGUGGGUUUAUGAGCUUUGAAGGUUCAAACCCAUUUUCCAUUCCGGCCAUUGAAGUUCCCAUGAAGGUUUUGUAUGAAAGCAUAUUGUAUGCCUGUGGACACUGAUGCUUAAACCUGCCAAGGGUUUUUCACCUAACUUUCUUGUACUGAUAGAAUCAUGUAGUCCAUCCUUUCAAACUGCCCUGGUUUAAAAAAUAUUGAGAGAAGUAACGGGAUAAACCUUGCCUCUACAUUGCCAGUGUGGGUGGCAUCAAGGGGGAGAAUGGCUUUAAUAUUACCUAGUUGGCUGCAUAAUAUUGCUGAUGGACAUUGAGCUAAGGCCAUCUUUAACUGCAAGGAAAGUUUACGCAUAAAUAUAGUAAUCCACAUUCAUAUCAAUAGAGUUAAACUAUUCUAGAACUUUGACACGUUCCAUUGUGAUUAGAUUUUAUGUUUUCUUGAAUUGUAGAUAUGACGUUUUAAAAAACCAUUUUAACUAAAAGAACAUGGUCCAUUUUUAUAAACAGAAUAUUAACGGUUAACAAGCAGAUGUGUAAAUAUUAUGAAUGAAUUAUAUAUUUAAACGGGUCUAUUGUUGUUUUUUGCAGUCUACUAACAGGUCAAAUAUACAGCCGCCAGAUUAUAAAAUGAAAAGAAAACAUUAAUUAAUCAAAGGAGAAGAAAAUAAUUAUUUUCUUUGCCCACCCUGUGUAUUGUUAUUUUUUCUUUCAAUUUAUUUCUAAUGAACUUUUCAAAUGAGCUACUUGGCAGCAAAGAAACUAAUGAAACUACCUAACAACAACCAGACACUAAUCAACCAUCUGUCUUCUUACUGGUCAAAAACAUUUAGUUUCUCCAGAAAUUUCUGUGUCAGCGCCCAAGGUGAUUCGACAAAGUUUCCAGGCAUCAGGCAUAUUUUGUACAAAGUUACUGUAAAUUCCAAUUGUAAUAUUUCAUAUUAAUGAUUCAUGUAAAUAUCUUAUGUAAUGAUUGCCAGCCAUAAUGAAGAUGUAUCUUAAUUCAAUUAAAAAUCAAUUCAGCCUA